GGAAGCUUGGUCCGUCACGUGAGCUGAGAAGAUCCAGAGACCGGAACAGGAAGUGGGACGGAGACAGAAAACUUUUCGUUGAUCAUAUCAAAAGUUGUCUCUCUCAACGUUCGCUGUUUAAAGUCCUUCCGGGAAUUUGCUUAAGUUUCUAAAGGCACUCAUCGGAGAUGACGCUGCAAUGGACGGUUGUGGCCCUCUUUCUCUACGUGGAGAUUGGCGUCCUUAUUAUCCUCUGUCUACCCUUCAUCUCAGCCAGGAGAUGGCAGAGUAUUUUCCAGCUGAGGAUCUGGAGCUUUAUGGCACGGUUUUGGAACAAAGUGUUUCUCACGAUGAUCAUAGUACUCAUUGUUCUCUUCCUUGAUGCGGUGCGUGAGGUGAGGAAAUACUCCUCUAAAGAUAUCGGCACAGAAGCCAAGCUGCAACCAAACAUGUUUGAUCACCUGCACAUGAAGCUUUUCAGAGCCCAGAGGAACCUCUACAUCUCUGGCUUCGCUGUCUUCCUCUGGCUGGUUAUGAAGCGUGUGGUCACCUUGAUUAACCAACUGGCAUCAGUGUCCGGUUCCACGGCUGCUCUUCAGGCGCAGGCUGAGAACGCUACCCAGAAUGUCAUGAAGUACACGAAGGACAACGAGCUGCUGAAACAGGCUCUGAUGGAAGGGAAGGGGGGUAAUGCUACAACACAAGGCAUGGAGCUCUUGAGAAAAGAGGUUGAGAAACUGAAAGAAGAACUGCGGACCUCAGAAGAUGCACUCAAGAACUCAAAGUCGGAGGCCGAUGUAAGGAAGAAGCAGACGGACGACCUCGCCAGGGAGUAUGACAGACUUCUGAUGGAACACCAGGAGCUCCAGAAUCAAGAUGGAAACAAAAAAGAAGACUAGUUUAAAAAAAAAAAGAUAUUUAAAGAUUGAAGUGUUUACACAGAAAUUUAGCCCAUUCACGACGAGAGAGAAACACCGCAACACAUGCUUCACCUUCAUAUAACACCUUGUGGCACAGUUCAUAUCACAAAGCCAGGAGGGAAACGUAUGAGACGGGGAGGUGAUUCCUAUUCAAAGUCAGACUGCCCUUAAUAAUAUUAGUGACAUUGGAUGGUUCCUUGUUUUGGCCCCGGUGACUUGGCAGAUUAGCUGUGGGUAGACGUUCCAUUGAGUUCAGUCAGUGAUUGAUUGCGGUCUGAUCACAGAGCCGUUAGUAUGUUAAAAGAAAUGUGCUACUAGGAUGGGUGUUGCUUUAUGGUUUGUGAUUAGCGUUUGCCAAGCGUAUGAUUCAAGAUUUGUCAAAAGCUGGAGCAGUGACGGCUAUGAAUGUAUUUUGAUACUUCUUUCUCUACGUGGCAGUGAUAUGUGCUGCACCCAAUUUGAGUUUAACGGUGCUUGCAUGGCUGUGCAGAUAUAAUGGGCAUUUACAGUUGCACAUUGCAUGUUCUUUGUUUUAUUCCAGCUGAUGAUCUGUAUACAUCUGUUUUGUUCCGUUCUCUCCAUAAUUUAUACAUGUUGAAGAUGGAUAAACCGAAUAGCCACUUAUUAUCUUACAUAUAUUUUUAAUGUCUUAACUCAAAACCGUUCAGGUCCAGAUUGUUGUAUAUUGUAUGUUUCACUGUAUGGGGCUGUAGGGUUUUUCUUAUACGUCUGUUACCCACACCGAGCCUUUUCACGCAAUCACCAGAUGCUUGAAGUUUUUUAUUGAUGCAUGUUAUUGAGUUUACUAAAGUAACUCUUCCGAUUAAAGAAUUGCAAAAAGUCCUA